GUGAGCUGCGACGCGUGUUUGAAAGGUAACUUCCGGGGGCGGCGGUACAAGUGUUUAAUUUGCUACGACUACGACCUGUGUGCGUCGUGCUACGAGGGCGGAGCCACCACCACAAUACACACGGCAGAGCACGCCAUGCAGUGCAUGCUAACCAGGGUCGACUUCGGUACGUACACACACACACACACUUACAUAUAAACACACAACUACACGCGCAUCACAACUACACGCCACAAGUCACACUGCACUGCAUACUAACCAGGGUCGACUUCAGCACGUGCAUAGCUAAUACAACCACACACUUUAACCAGACGACAAACACCACAACUACACACCCCGAGCGAUGAUUCUGCCUGCACUGAUUCACUGUCCUCUGUCCUUCCAGAGAUCUUUUCCAUCCUGUCUAACCCUGUCCCCUACUCCCUAACCACUACUGUUCCAUCCUGUCUAACCCUGUCCCCUACUCCCUAACCACUACUGUUCCAUCCUGUCUAACCCUGUCCCCUACUCCCUAACCACUACUGUUCCAUCCGUCCCCACCUCCCUAACCACUACUGUUCCAUCCUGUCAACCCUGUCCCCUACUCCCCAAACCACUACUGUUCUAUCCUGUCCCCUACGCCCUAACCACUACUGUUCCAUCCUUCCUGUCCCCUACUCCUAACCACUUACUGUUCAUCCUGUCCCUACUCCCUAACCACUACUGUCCAUCCUGUCUAACCCUGUCCGCCCUACUCCCUAACCCCUACUGUUCUAUCCUGUCUAAACCUGUCCCCUACUCCUAACCACUUUGUUCCAUCCUGUCUAGAACCCUGGGCCCCUACUCCCUAACACUACGUUCCAUCCUGUUCCCCCUACUCCCUAACCACUACUGUUCUCCUGUCUAUUCCUGUCCCCUGCUCCCUACCACUAACUGUUUCCAUCCUGUCUAACCCUGUGCCCCUACUUCCCUAACACUACUGUUCCAUCCGUCUAACCCUGUCCCCUACUCCCUAACCACUACUGUUCCAUCCGUCCUAAACCCUGUCCCUCUACUCCCUAACCACUACUGUUCCAUCCUGUCUAACCCUGUCCCCUACUCCUACCACUAUGUUCUCUUCAACCUGUCCCUACACCUACCACUACUGUUCCAUCCUGUCUAACCCUGUCCCCUACUCCCUAACCACUACUGUUCUAUCCUGUCUAACCCUGUCCCCUACUCCCUAACCACUACUGUUCCAUCCUGUCUAACCUGUCCCCUACUCCCUAACCACUACUGUUCUCCGUUACUGUCCCUCUCCUAACACUACUGUCCGCCCUACUCCCUAACCACUACUGUUCCAUCCUGUCAUAACACUCUGUCCCCUACUCCCUAACCACUACUGUUCCAUCCUGUCUAACCCUGUCCCCUACUCCCUAACCACUACUGUUCCAUCCUGUCCCCUACUCCCUAACCACUACUGUUCCAUCCUGUCCCCUACUCCCUAACCACUACUGUUCCAUCCUGUCUAACCCUGUCCCCUACUCCCUAACCACUACUGUUCCAUCCUGUCUAACCCUGUCCCCUACUCCCUAACCACUACUGUUCCAUCCUGUCCCCUACUCCCUAACCACUACUGUUCCAUCCUGUCCCCUACUCCCUAACCACUACUGUUCCAUCCUGUCUAACCCUGUCCCCUACUCCCUAACCACUACUGUUCCAUCCUGUCUAACCCUGUCCCCUACUCCCUAACCACUACUGUUCCAUCCUGUCUAACCCUGUCCCCUACUCCCUAACCACUACUGUUCACUCCCCUACUCCUAACCACUACUGUCUCCGCCCUACUCCCUAACCACUACUUUCCAUCCUGUUCCCCUACUCCCUAACCACUACUGUUCAUCCUGUCUAACCCUGUCCCUACUCCCUAACCACUACUGUUCUCAGUCCUUCUAACCCUGUCUCCUAUCUGUCCCUAACCCAACAUACUGUUCUAUCCUGUCCCCUACUCCCUAACCACUACUGUUCUAUCCUGUCCCCUACUCCCUAACCACUACUGUUCCAUCCUGUCCCCUACUCCCUAACCACUACUGUUCCAUCCUGUCUAACCCUGUCCCCUACUCCCUAACCACUACUGUUCUAUCCUGUCCCCUACUCCCUAACCACUACUGUUCCAUCCUGUCCCCUACUCCCUAACCACUACUGUUCCAUCCUGUCCCCUACUCCCUAACCACUACUGUUCCAUCCUGUCCCCUACUCCCUAACCACUACUGUUCCAUCCUGUCUAAUCCCUGUCCCCUACUCCCUAACCCACUACUGUUCUAUCCUGUCCCCUACUCCCUAACCACUAUGUCAUCCUGUCACCCUGUCCCCUACUCCCUAACCACUACUGUUCCAUCCUGUCUAACCCUGUCCCCUACUCCCUAACCACUACUGUUCCAUCCUGUCCCCUACUCCCUAACCACUACUGUUCAUCGUACCUGUCCCCUACUCCCUAACCACUUACUGUUCCAUCCUGUCCCCUACUCCCUAACCACUACUGUUCCAUCCGUCUAACCCUAUCUCCCUUAACCACUACUGUUCCAUCCGUCUAACCCUGUCCCUACUCCCUAACCACUUACUGUUCCAUCCUGUACCCUUACUACUCCUAACCAACUGUCUACUGAUUCCACCCUGUCCCCACUUCCCUAAACCACUACUGUUCAUCCUGUCUAUACAUAUGCCACUGUCACCCUAACUCCCUAACCACUGUACUGUCUAAGCCAGGUCCUAUCCCUAACCCCUACGUGGGUUGUAUCAUUCAACUGUCAACCACUACUCCAAACCAUACUGUUCCAUCCAUGUUACCUGCCUCCUCUCCUAGACCUGACGGUGAGUUGCCUAUACUGUCAACCCUGCUUUCCCGCUACUUCGCGGGCUAUACGAUGACUGUCCACAGACACUACUAGCACCAAGACCACUACUGUGGUUCCAUCCAGUGUCUGACUGGCUCUUCCUACAGGACAUGUAUAGCUAUGAUCCUUGUUAACUGUUAUCCACCAUAGUGUAUAAGACACAGGUUAAGGCAUUCUCAAGCCAUACAGUAGACAUGGAUUGUGUAUGUGUGCCAUUCAGAGGGUGAAUGGGCAAGACAAAACAUUUAAGUGUCUUUGAACGGGGUAUGGUAGUAGGUGCCAGGCGCACCGGUUUGUGUCAAACCCAGUAGCGUUGCAGUUAUUUUCACGCUCAACAGUUUCCCGUGUGUAUCAAGAAUGGUCCACCACCCAAAGGACAUCCAGCCAACUUGACACAACUGUGGGAAGCAUUGGAGUCAACAUGGGCUGUUGAGGCUGUUCUGAGGGCAAAAGGGGGUGCAACUCAAUAUUAGGAAGGUGUUCCUAAUGUUUUGUACACUGGGUAUAUUACUGUAUAGUAUUAUAUAAGAACACAGAGACCUCUCUACAGGACCACAUGGCUGCAGAGCACACAGAGACCUCAGAGGUGGUGAGUGGACCACUACCUUUUUUGGGGCCCCGGUCUUAGCCAUGAAAACAUGAGUGAGUCUUUAGGCCAAGCACCGGUGUAAAUCCCUGCAGUGGAAAAGAGACAUCAGUGUUUCCUCUAGAUUCUUUCCAGGCAGGAGGGAGGUGCAAAAUGUCCCCAAAGCAAUGGAGGCCAUGUUCCGUAAAACGAACAGCAUCCAAAAAGACAAGUCUGGCUGUGAAGUGUUUUCAAAUGCAUUUGAUGUGGAGCAUGCUCAGAUGGCUGUGUGUUCUACCAGGGGUUGGAACCGAUUCAUGGAACAGAACCGAUUCAUGGAACAGUACUGGCUGAAGUUUGCCAGUGAACAUCUGAAUGAUUCAGAGGAGAACUGGGUGGAAGUGUUGUGGUCAGAUGAAACCAAAAUCGAGCUCUUUGGCAUCAACUCAACUCGCCGUGUUUGAAGGAGGAGGAAUGCUGCCUAUGACCCCAAGAACACCAUCCCCACCGUCAAACAUGGAGGUGGAAACAUUAUGCUUUGGGGGUGGUUUUCUGCUAAGGGGACAGGACAACUUCACCGCAUCAAAGGGACGAUGGACGGGGCCAUGUACCAUCAAAUCUUGGGUGAGAACCUCCUUCCCUCAGCCAGGGCAUUGAAAAUGGGUCGUGGAUGGGUAUUCCAGCAUGACAAUGACCCAAAACACACGGCCAAGGCAACAAAGGUGUGGCUCAAGAAGAAGCACAUUAAGGUCCUGGAGUGGCCUAGCCAGUCUCCAGACCUUAAUCCCAUAGAAAAUCUGUGGAGGGAGCUGAAGGUUCGAGUUACCAAACGUCAGCCUCGAAACCUUAAUGACUUGGAGAAGAUCUGCAAAGAGGAGUGGGACAAAAUCCCUCCUGAGAUGUGUGCAAACCUGGUGGCCAACUACAAGAAACGUCUGACCUCUGUGAUUGCCAACAAGGGUUUUGCCACCAAGUACUAAGUCAUGUUUUGCAGAGGGGUCAAAUACUUAUUUCCCUCAUUAAAAUGCUAAUCAAUUUAUAACAUUUUUGACAUGCGUUUUUCUGGAUUUUUUUGUUGUUAUUCUGUCUCUCACUGUUCAAAUAAACCUACCGUUAAAAUUAUAGACUGAUCAUGUCUUUGUCAGUGGGCCAAUGUACAAAAUCAGCAGGGGAUCAAAUACGUUUUUCCCUCACUGUACAUGGAACAGUACAGGAAAAGAACGAACAUUUUCAUGGCGCAGAAUCAUACACACAAUUAUAUAUUUAUAUAUUACUUUGGAAGUAUGCUUGGGGUCAUUGUCCAUUUGGAAGACCCAUUUGCGACCAAGCUUUAACUUCCUGACUGAUGUCUUGAGAUGUUGCUUCAAUAUAUCCACAUAAUGUUCCUUCCUCAUGAUGCCAUCUAUUUUGUGAAGUGCACCAGUCCCUCCUGCAGCAAAGCACCCCCACAUCAUGAUGCUUUCACAGCCGUGCUUCACGGUUGGGAUGGUGUUCUUCGGCUUGCAAACUUUCCCCUUUUUCCUCCAAACAUAACGAUGGUCAUUAUGGCCAAACAGUUCUAUUUUUGUUUCAUCAGACCAGAGGACAUUUCUCCAAAAAGUACGAUCUUUGUCCCCAUGUGCAGUCGCAAACUGUAGUCUGGCUUUUUUAUGGCGGUUUUGGAGCAGUGGCUUCUUCCUUGCUGAGCGGCCUUUCAGGUUAUGUCGAUAUAGGACUCGUUUUAUUGUGGAUAUAGAUACUUUUGUACCUGUUUCCUCCAGCAUCUUCACAAGAUCCUUUGCUGUUGUUCUGGGAUUCAAAUCAAAUCAAAUCAAAUUUUAUUGGUCACAUGCGCCGAAUACAACAGGUGCAGACAUUGCAGUGAAAUGCUUACUUACAGCCCUUAACCAACAGUGCAUUUAUUUUAAACAAAAAAAGUAAGAAUAAAACAACAACAACAAAAAAGUGUUGAGAAAAAAAGAGCAGAAGUAAAAUAAAAUGACAGUAGGGAGGCUAUAUAUACAGUAAAAUAAAGUGACAGUAGGGAGGCUAUAUAUACAGGGGGGUACCGUUGCAGAGUCAAUGAUUUGCACUUUACGCACCAAAGCACGUUCAUCUCUAGGAGACAGAAAGCGUCUCCUUCCUGAGCGGUAUGAAGGCUGCGUGGUCCCAUGGUGUUUAUACUUGCAUGCUAUUGUUUGUACAGAUGAACGUGGUACCUUCAGGUGUUUGUAAAUUGCUCCCAAGGAUGAACCAGACUUGUGGAGGUCUACAAUUCUUUUUCUGAGGUCUUGGCUGAUUUCUUUUGAUUUUCCCAUGAUGUCAAGCAAAGAGGCACUGAGUUUGAAGGUAGGCCUUGAAAUACAUCCACAGGUACACCUCCAAUUGACUCAAAUGAUGUCAAUUAGCCUAUCAGAAACUUCUAAAGCCAUGACAUCAUUUUCUGGAAUUUUGCAAGCUGUUUAAAGGCACAGUCUACUUAGUGUAUGUAAACUUCUGACCCACUGGAAUUGUGAUACAGUGAAUUAUAAGUGAAAUAAUCUGUCUGUGUAUUAAUCUAAAAUGUGCAAGAAUUUCUAAAAACCUGUUUUUGUUGUCUGAAUACUUAUGUAUAUAAGAUAUUUCUGUUUAUUAUUUUUAAUAAAGUAGCAGAAAUUUCAAAAUAACUGUUUUCGAUUUGCAUAUGGGGUAUUGUGUGUAGAUUGAUGAGGAUUUGUUUUUAUUUAAUCAAUUUUAGAAUAAGGCUGUAACGUAACAAAAUGUGGAAAAAGUCAAGGGGUCUCAAUACUUUCCGAUUGCAUUGUAUGUGUGUAUAUACAGUGGGGAAAAAAAGUAUUUAGUCAGCCACCAAUUGUGCAAGUUCUCCCACUUAACAAGAUGAGAGAGGCCUGUAAUUUUCAUCAUAGGUACAUGUCAACUAUGACAGACAAAUUAAGAUUUUUUUUCUCCAGAAAAUCACAUUGUAGGAUUUUUUAUGAAUUUAUUUGCAAAUUAUGGUGGAAAAUAAGUAUUUGGUCACCUACAAACAAGCAAGAUUUCUGGUUCUCACAGACCUGUAACUUCUUCUUUAAGAGGCUCCUCUGUCCUCCACACGUUACCUGUAUUAAUGGCACCUGUUUGAACUUGUUAUCAGUAUAAAAGACACCUGUGCACAACCUCAAACAGUCACACUCCAAACUCCACUAUGGCCAAGACCAAAGAGCUGUCAAAGGACACUGCACCAGGCUGGGAAGACUGAAUCUGCAAUAGGUAAGCAGCUUGGUUUGAAGAAAUCAACUGUGGGAGCAAUUAUUAGGAAAUGGAAGACAUACAAGACCACUGAUAAUCUCCCUCGAUCUGGGGCUCCACGCAAGAUCUCACCCCGUAGGGUCAAAAUGAUCACAAGAACGGUGAGCAAAAAUCCCAGAACCACACGGGGGGACCUAGUGAAUGACCUGCAGAGAGCUGGGACCAAAGUAACAAAGCCUACCAUCAGCAACACACUACGCCGCCAGGGACUCAAAUCCUGCAGUGCCAGACGUGUCCCCCUGCUUAAGCCAGUACAUGUCCAGGCCCGUCUGAAGUUUGCUAGAGUGCAUUUGGAUGAUCCAGAAGAGGAUUGGGAGAAUGUCAUAUGGUCAGAUGAAACCAAAAUAUAACUUUUUGUUAAACUCAACUCGUCGUGUUUGGAGGACAAAGAAUGCUGAGUUGCAUCCAAAGAACACCAUACCUACUGUGAAGCAUGGGGGUGGAAACAUCAUGCUUUGGGGCUGUUUUUCUGCAAAGGGACCAGGACGACUGAUCCGUGUAAAGGAAAGAAUGAAUGGGGCCAUGUAUCGUGAGAUUUUGAGUGAAAACCUCCUUCCAUCAGCAAGGGCAUUGAAGAUGAAACGUGGCUGGGUCUUUCAGCAUGACAAUGAUCCCAAACACACCGCCCGGGCAUCGAAGGAGUGGCUUCGUAAGAAGCAUUUCAAGGUCCUGGAGUGGCCUAGCCAGUCUCCAGAUCUCAACCCAUAGAAAAUCUUUGGAGGGAGUUGAAAGUCCGUGUUGCCCAGCGACAGCCCCAAAACAUCACUGCUCUAGAGGAGAUCUGCAUGGAGGAAUGGGCCAAAAUACCAGCAACAGUGUGUGAAAACCUUGUGAAAACUUACAGAAAAUGUUUGACCUGUGUCAUUGCCAACAAAGGGUAUAUAACAAAGUGUUGAGAAACUUUUGUUAUUGACCAAAUACUUAUUUUCCACCAUAAUUUGCAAAUAAAUUCAUAAAAAAUCCUACAAUGUGAUUUUCUGGAUUUAUUUUUCUCAUUUUGUCUGUCAUAGUUGACGUGUACCUAUGAUGAAAAUUACAGGCCUCUCUCAUCUUUUUAAGUGGGAGAACUUGCACAAUUGGUGGCUGACUAAAUACUUUUUUCCCCAACUGUAUACAGUGCCUUCGGAAAGUGUUCAGAUUCCUUGACUUUUUCCAUAUUUUGUUACUUUACAGCCUUAUUCUAAAAUUGAUUAAAUAAAACAAUUUCCUCAUCAAUCUACACACAAUACGCCAUAAUGACAAAGCGAAAACAGUUAUUUUGAAAUUUCUGCAACUUUAUUAAAAAUAAUAAACAGAAAUAUCUUAUAUACAUAAGUAUUCAGACCCUUUGCUAUGAGAGUCGAAAUUGAGCUCAGGUGCAUCCUGUUUCCAUUGAUCAUCCUUGAGAUGUUCCUACAACUUGAUUGGAGUCUACCUGUGGUAAAUUCAAUUGAUUGGACAUGAUUUGGAAAGGCAAACACCUGUCUAUAUAAGGUCCCACAGUUGACAGUGCAUGUCAGAGCAAAAACCAAGCCAUGAGGUCAAAGGAAUUGUCCGUAGAGCUCUGAGACAGGAUUGUGUCGAGGUACAGAUCUGGGGAAGGUUACAAAAAAAUGUCUGCAGCAUUGAAGGUCCCCAAGAACACAGUGGCCUCCAUCAUUCUUAAAUGGAAUAAGUUUGGAACCACCAAGACUCUUCCUAAAACUGUCCGCCUGGUCAAACUGAGCAAUCGGGGGAGAAGGGCCUUGAUCAGGGAGGUGACCAAGAACCCAAUGGUCACUCUAACAGAGCUCUAGAGUUCCUCUGUGGAGAUGGGAGAACCUUCCAGAAGGACAACCAUCUCUGCAGCACUCCACCAAUCAGGCCUUUAUGGUAGACUGGCCAGACAGAAGCCACUCCUCACUAAAAGGCACAUGACAGCCCGCUUGGAGUUUGCCAAAAGGCACCUAAAGACUCUCAGACCAUGAGAAACAAGAUUCUCUGGUCUGAUAAAAUCAAGAUUCAACUCUUUGGCCCGAAUGUCAAACGUCACGUCUGGAGGAAACCUGGCACCAUCCCUAGAGUGAAGGGUGAUUUAUUAACUACAAAAAAUGUAUUUUAUUUUUACUCUGGUGGCGCUCUGCACACUCAAGCUUGUUAAGCCAACUCUUUGAAGUUCAAAGUUCCUUCAUAGAAGCCGCUCCUUUGUUGGUAUAAUUAUUUUGGCCUAAUUCAGAUAAUGCAUGUCAUAACAAGAUGCCCUGCGCCUUCUCCUCCACUCUCUCUCGCUCACUUCCCACCCGCAAAAUUUCAUUCGCAUCUCGCGCCCGACACUUGUCUGUCCAAUGCAUGUAAACAUCUUGCCCGCUCCAUAGCAAGCUGCUCUAUCCGCACUGAUUGGUAGGUAAUUUAAUGUCUAGGUAAAUGUAAAAAUAAAUAAAUCAAAUCUGAAUUUUUAAAAGGAAUUAUCUAAACCGUUACUUUUUUUCCCCCAGUUCGUACCGGUUCAGAACAUUAUUUUGCUGGUCAGAACAGUGGAACAUGAAAAACAAAAAAAAAUGUGUUCUGUUCAGAACUAAACGAUUGGAAAAUAAUUGAGGUUCCAACCUUUUGUUCUCUCUCUCCCUCCAGAUCUGUCCAAUAUGUGCUGCGCUGCCUGGCGGAGACCCUAAUCACGUGACGGACGACUUUGCUGCUCAUCUUACACUUGAACACAGAGCACCCAGAGACUUGAUAUCCUUUACACUCAGGGCGUUUCUCAAUAUGCAUACUACCGUGCUCCGAGGAUGCAUCGGUCGAAGAAUGAGUCCAAAUCAAAGUAUGCGAAACGGAGCACUGAAGGCACUUCUCAGAUGCGUACUCCGCUUGUACACAUUUCGAAGCAUGCAUCAAUGCAAGCUUCAAUGAAAAGCAUGGACAUAAAUGUGACGCAAACACGUAAGAAACGAUGUAAAAUUUCUCAAUCAGUGCUGAGCAUUGUUUGGGCUGAAGCGAGAGAAAAUAAUCUGACCUCUGAAUGAAAUGUUGCCCAUUCACGUCUCAUAUCUUACCUGACUACAAUAAUGUAUCUUGAUACGUUAAUAAAUACAUUGUUAAUUUUGGCAUGUUUACCUGCCUACAAUACCCACUGGAGUGUGCAUAGAUCGCAACCCCAUAGUAGGUCAAUAGGGCUAGCUAGCUAGCUAACCACAGAGUCCCGACUCCCCUCCUCUCACUUCCAAAAAUGUAAUCUGACAGAGAGGUGAUAAUAUCAGCAAACCACAACUGAUCACCUGAAGUCACGAUAUAUAUAUAUAUAUAUACUACCGUUCAAAAGUUUGGGGUCACUUAGAAAUGUCCUUGUUUUUCAUGAAAACAUACAUGAAAUGAGUUUGAAUAGGAAAUAUAGCAAAAUGCAUAGGAUAUGUAGUCAUUGACAAGGUUAGAAAUAAUGAUUUUUAAUUGAAAUAAUAAUUAUGUCCUUCCAACUUUGCUUUCGUCAAAGAAUCCUCCAUUUACAGCAAUUACACCCCUGCAGAUCUUUGCCAUUCUAGUUGUCAAUUUGUUGAGGUAAUCUGAAGAGAUUUCACCCCAUGCUUCCUGAAGCACCUCCCACAAGUUGGAUUGGCUUGAUGGGCACUUCUUACGUACCAUUCGGUCAAGCUGCUCCCACAACAGCUCAAUAGGGUUGAGGUCCGGUGACUGUGUUGGCCACUCCAUUAUAGACAGAAUACCAGCUGCUUCUUCCCUAAAUAGUUCUUGCAUAGUUUGGAGCUGUGCUUUGGGUCGUUGUCCUGUUGUAGGAGGAAAUUGGCUCCAAUCAAGCGCCGUCCACAGGGUAUGGCAUGGCGUUGCAAAAUGGAGUGAUAGCCUUCCUUCUUCAAGAUCCCUUUUACCCUGUACAAAUCUCCCACUUUACCACCCCCAGACCAUCACAUUGCCUCCACCAUGCUUGACAGAUGGCAUCAAGCACUCCUCCAGCAUCUUUUCAUUUGGACUGCGUCUCACAAAUGUUCUUCUUUGUGAUCCGAAAACCUCAAACUUCGUCUGUCCAUAACACUUUUUUCCAAUCUUCCUCUGUCCAGUGUCUGUGUUUUUUUUGCCCAUCUAAAUAUUUUCUUUUUAUUGGCCAGUCUCAGAUAUGGCUUUUUCUUUGCAACUCGGCCUAGAAGGUCAGCAUCCCGGAGUCGCCUCUUCACUGUUGACGUUGAGACUGGUGUUUUGCGGGUACUAUUUAAUGAAGCUGCCAGUUGAGGACCUGUGAGGCGUCUGUUUCUCAAACUAGACACUAAUGUAUUUGUCCUCUUGCUCAGUUGUGCACCGGGGCCUCCCACUCCUCUUUCUAUUCUGGUUAGAGACAGUUUGCGCUGUUCUGUGAAGGGAGUAGUACAGAGCGUUGUAUGAGAUCUUCAGUUUCUUGGCAAUUUCUCGCAUGGAAUAGCCUUCAUUUCUCAGAACAAGAAUAGACUGACGAGUUUCAGAAGAAAGUUAUUUGUUUCUGGCCAUUUUGAUUCUGUAAUCGAACCCACAAUUGCUGAUGCUCCAGAUACUCAACUAGUCUCAAGAAGGCCAGUUUUAUUGCUUCUUUAAAUCAGCACAACAGUUUUCAGCUGUGCUAACAUAAUUGCAAAAGGGUUUUCUAAUGAUCAAUUAGCCUUUUAAAAAUGAUAAACUUGGAUUAGCAAACACAAUGUGCCAUUGGAACACACAGGACUGAUGGUUGCUGAUAACGGGCCUCUGUACGCCUAUGUAGAUAUUCCAGCUACAAUAGCCAUUUACAACAUUAACAAUGUCUACACUGUAUUUCUGAUCAAUUUGAUGUUAUUUUAAUGGACAAAAAAAUUGCUUUUCUUUAAAAAACAAGGACAUUUCUAAGUGACCCCAAACUUUUGAAUGGUAGUGUACACACUCACUCACUCACUCACUACCGGUCAAAAGUUUUUUUGAACACCUAGUCAUUCAAGGGUUUUUCUUUAUUUUUACUAUUUUCUACAUUGUAGAAUAAUAGUGAAGACAUCAAAACUAUGAAAUAACACAUAUGGAAUCAUGUAGUAACCAAAAAAGUGUUAAACAAAUCAAAAUAUAUUUUAUGUUUGAGGUUCUUCAAAUAGCCACACUUUGCACACUCUUGGCAUUCUCUCAAACAGCUUCACCUGGAAUGCUUUUCCAACAGUCUUGAAGGAGUUCCCACAUAUGCUGAGCACUUGUUGGCUGCUUUUCCUUCACUCUGCAGUCCGACUCAUCCCAAACCAUCUCAAUUGGGGUGAGGUCGGGGGAUUGUGGAGGCCAGGUCAUCUGAUGCAGCACUCCAUCACUCUCCUUCUUGGUAAAAUAGCCCUUACACAGCCUGGAGGUGUGUUGGGUCAUUGUCCUGUUGAAAAACAAAUGAUAGUCCCACUAAGCCCAAACCAGAUGGGAUGGCGUAUCACUGCAGAAUGCUGUGGUAGCCAAGCUGGUUAAGUGUGCCUUGAAUUCUAAAUAAAUCACAGACAGUGUCACCAGCAAAGUACCCCCACACCAUAACACCUCCUCCACCAUGCUUUACGGUGGGAAAUACACAUGCGGAGAUCAUCCGUUCACCCACACGACGACUUACAAAGACACGGCGGUUGGAACCAAAAAUCUCCAAUUUGGACUCCAGACCAAAGGACAAAUUUCCACCGGUCUAAUGUCCAUUGCUCGUGUUUCUUGGCCCAAGCAAGUCUCUUCUUCUUAUUGGUGUCCUUUAGUAGUGGUUUCUUUGCAGCAAUUCGACCAAGAAGGCCUGAUUCACGCAGUCUCCUCUGAACAGUUGAUGUUGAGAUGUGUCUGUUACUUGAACUCUGUGAAGCAUUUAUUUGGGCUGCAAUUUGUGAGGCUGGUAACUCUAAUGAACGUAUCCUCUGCAGCAGAGAUAACUCUGGGUCUUCCAUUCCUGUGGCGGUCCUCAUGAGAGCCAGUUUCAUCAUAGCGCUUGAUGGUUUUUGCGACUGCACUUGAAGAAACUUUCAAAGUUCUUGAAAUGUUCUGUAUUAACUGACCUUCAUGUCUUAAAGUAAUGAUGGACUGUCAUUUCUCUUUGCUUAUUUGAGCUGUUCUUGCCAAAAUAUGGACUUAGCCCUAUUUGGUAAAAUACCAUCUUCUGUAUAGAUUUUUCAGAUCUACAUAUGUUUGACACAUAACAUUAGUUACAGAGGGUAGUCGAGGUCCAGGAAAAGGCCAUCAUCGAUGAACAGCCGACAUGUUGAUGACGCAAUUUACUCCAAAAGGUAACGCAGUAGCACCGUAGUGCUUCUCAAAUGUUAAAUGUAUGCGUUCUCCACGCUCCUCAUAAGAACAUGCUCGGUGCGGAAAACGGUAGUAUGCAUAUUGAGAAACACCCUGAGACUACUGUCUACAGUACACAGUCUAACCCUAACCCAGAUACUUGAAAUCCUUUACACUCCGCCUACUACUCCAGAAAAGGAUAAGCCCCCCCCUCUGAGCCUGGUUCCUCUCUAGGUUUCUUCAUUAUAGGGAGUUUUUCCCCAAUGUGCGUCUGCUUUGCUUUGCUCUUCGGUGUCUAGUCCAGGUAACUGUGAAGUACGUUCGUUGUAACAACUGCUGAUGUAAAAAAAAAAAAAAAAAAAAAGCGCUUUAUAAAAUACAUUGGAUUGUCUUCUCUGCAGGACAGUCUUAACGCUAAAGGCGUCCGCAUGCUUCCCAUCUGAAACAGUUUGUGCAUGUGUUAUGAUGACAUUUCCUGGAGUUUUUGUUCAUUUUGGUCUUUGUCAGGGUUUUUUCCCCCCGGCUGUUCAUGCACACAUUCUUUUCUCGUCGGUCAUUGGUCAACAGUAGGGAUUCUUUAAUGAAGCGUUUGUUGUCGUUCAACGACAGACAAAUCGUUUUCAUGCACAGUUUUUCAUUUGAGAAAUGCUGCACCUAACAUCUUAGUUAGAUGUAAACUUGCGCAACUAAGAUCUCCUCAGGGGAAAAAACGUCAAUUUAAUGACAGGUUUCUUGUGUUACCCGUCAAGAUGGUCAAACGGUACAACUGCUGCUUUUUUUUCUUUUUUUUCAAGUUGAAGGUCUUAACUCUUAACUCCGAGACUUGAUACCAUUUUAUGUGUAGACUACUAUUCUACUGCACUGCAAUUAAUUAUAUAGAAUUAUCUAAUUCUAAGGGGGAUUCUACUACGUAACAUGUCUAACAAAUGGAAACUCCCCCUUCAGGGAAGCAAAAGGUCAAUGUAAAACUUGCUGGAACCACAGGGCCAUCUGCUGGACAGCACUGAGUACUACAACAUACUGUGUGUGUAUCAGUUUAGCCUGUUGUGUGUUUGAGAUCGGGGACGGAGAGGGAGAGUGUUUUUAUAUACUGAACAAAAAAUAUAAAACGCAACAUGCAACAAUUUCAAAGAUUUUACUGAGUUACAGUUCAUAUAAAGGAAGUCAGUCAAUUGAAAUACAUUCAUUAGACCCUAAUCUAUGGAUUUCACAUGACUGGAAUACAGAUGUGCAUCUGUUGGUCACAGAUACCUUUAAAAAAAGGUAGGGGCGUGGAUCAGAAAACCAGUCCGCAUCUGGUGUGGCCACGAUUUUCCCCAUGCAGCGCGACACAUCUCCUUCGCAUAGAGUUGAUCAGGCUGUUGAUUGUGGCCUGUGGAAUGUUGUCCGACUCCUCUUCAAUGGUUGUGCGAAAUUGCUGGAUAUUGGCGGGAACUGGAACACGCUGUCGUACACGUCGAUCCAGAGCAUCCCAAACAUGUUCAAUGGGUGACAUGUCUGAGUACGCAGGCCAUGGAAGAACUGGGUAAUUUUUAGGAAUUGUGUACAGAUCCUUGCGACAUGGGGCCGUAUAUUAUCAUGCUGAAACAUGAGGUGAUGGCGGCAGAUGAAUGGCACGACAAUGGGCCUCAGGAUCUCGUCACGGUAUCUCUGUGCAUUCAAAUUGCCAUCGUUGAAAUGCAAUUGUGUUCGUUGUCCGUAGCUUAUGCUUAUAACCCCUCCGCCACCAUGGGGGUACACCGUUAACAACGUUGACAUCAGCAAACCACUCGCACUCACGACGCAAUACACGUAGUGUGAGGCCGGUUGGACGUACUGCCAAAUUCUCUAAAAUGAGGUUGGAGGCGGCUUAUGGUAGAGAAAUUAACAUAAAAUUAUCUGGCAACAGCUCUGGUGGACGUUCCUGCAGUCAGCAUGCCAAUUGCACGCUCCCUCAACUUGAGACAUCUGUGGCAUUGUGUUGUGUGACUAAACUGCACAUUUUAGAGUGGCCUUUUAUUGUCCCCAGCACAAGGUACACCUGUGUAAUGAUCAUGCUGUUUAAUCAGCUUCUUGAUAUGCCACACCUGUCAGGUGGAUGGAUUAUCUUGGCAAAGCAGAAAUGCUCACUAACAGGGAUGUAAACAAAUUUGGGCACAACAUUUGAGAGAAAUAAGCUUUUUGUGCGUAUGGACAAUUUCUGGGAUGUUUUAUUUCAGCUCAUGAAACAUGGGACCAAGACUUUACAUGAUGAGUUUUUAUAUUUUUGUUCAGUGUAUAUUCAUGACAUGUCCAUGAUGUUCCUUGACGGUGUUGCUCCACGAUGAGUCGAGCGGGGUGCGGCACGUGCGUCGGAUGUUCCACCCGGGUCGGGGUCUGGGGGGGCAGAGGGCCCGGCGCUCCAACAUGCACUUCACCUCCUCAACCUCCGGGGGGGGCACUACCACACAGACCUCUACCCAGAGCUCCAACCACAACAGGGAGGCCAUGGAUCCUAUAGCAGGUAGGGGGAAAGGGGAAGGGGCGGGGGUGGGGGGAAGGGGAAGGGGGAAGGGGGGGCUGGUUUGGAGAUGACAUAGCCUAAUACAGAAGCAUGUCUGUUCUACAAAAUAUGUAUCCCAAAAUGUAUUCUCAAAUUAUUUACAAUGCCUUCAGAAAGUAUUCACACCCCUUGACUUUUUACCACAUUUUGUGUUACAGACAGAAUUUUAAAAUGGAUUAAAUUACUGGCCUACACACAAUACUCCAUACUGUCAGAGUGAAGGAUGUUUUUAGAAAUUAAUUACAUAGCCUUAAUUUCAGUUUUACAAAUGGAAAAACUGAAAUGUCUUGAGUCAAUAAGUAUUCAACCCCUUUGUUAUGGCAAGCCUAAAUAAGUUCAGGAGUACAAAUGUGCUUAACAUAAUAUUUUGCAUGGAAUCACACUGUGUGCAAUAAUAGUGUUUAACAUUAUUUUUUUAAUGACUACCUAAUCUCAGUACCCCACACAUAUAAUUUUGGAAGGUCUCUCAGUCAACCGUGAAUUUCAAACGCAAAGACCAGGGAGGUUUUCCAAUGCCUCGCAAAGAAAGACACCUAUUGGUAGAUGGGUAAAAAAAAAAAAGCAGACAUUGAAUAUCCCUUUGAUCAUGGUGAAGUUAUUAAUUACACUUUGGAUGGUGUAUCAAUACACCAAGUCACUACAAAGAUUCAGGUGUCCUUCCUAACACAGUUGCCGGAGAGGAAGGAAACCGUAUUGACUCGGUUGUGAAUACUUACGCAAAUGAGAUUCCUGUGUUUUCAUUUUCUAUAAAUUUGCAAACAUUUCUAAAUAUGUUUUCACUGUCAUUAUGGGGUAUUGUGUGUAAAUGGGUCAGAAAAAAAACAUAUUUUAAUCAGUUUUGAAUUCAGGCUGUAACACAACAAAAUGUGGAAUAAGUCAAGGGGUAUGAAUACUUUCUGAAGGUUGCGCUGUGUGCACUGAAAUGACACGCACUGAAAUGACAUGCAUGAUUGUUGCUGACGCUCUGAUUUUCAGUUGAAGAGAAUUAAAUAGUCUGUCAUAUGCACCACAAUGGCGCUAAACUCAAGCAGCUGUAGCGGCUGGUAAAGUCAUUCAAAGCCUCUACUUUGCAGAUCAAUUCUUCACAUUCAUUGUUUUAAACAAAAUCUUAAAAAUCACAACACUGGUAAACCGUGGUUGACGGUUUACCAGUGUUGUGAUUUUUAAGAUUUUGUUUAAAACAAUGAAUGUUGAGAAUUGAUCUGCACUGUAUGUUCCUGGUCCUCUGUAGCUCAGCUGGUAGAGCAGGGCGCUUGUAACGCCAAGGUAGUGGGUUCGAUCCCCGGGACCACCCAUACACAAAAAAUGUAUGCACGCAUGACUGUAAGUCGCUUUGGAUUAAAGCGUCUGCUAAAUGGCAUAUUAUUAUAAUUAAUUAUUUAUGUUUGUUAGCUAGCCAGACAGUUUUAGAGAAAUGAUUCCAUACAUAUUUUCAAAUUAACUGGCAAUAUGCCAACAUUCCAUUCAAACAAUGCAGUCAAUUCACAGCCAUAAACUGGCUGAAAUCAGUUGAUGGGACGGAGACGAGUUGUAAAUGCAACAAAUAAUUUCCCAAGAAAACAAAAUCUGAGACAUUUAUGGUCUCUUUACAGAUGUUAAAUUGGUAUAAAACCCAUAUAAACUGUAUUUAUAAUUAUAUGACAAUAUUUUAGGUUGACUAUAUAAUUCCAUUACACAAUUUACACCAUUACACAAUGCCUAGGCAACCAAAGACUCGUUUGCUAAAACACCUUGCUUGUUUCAGCAAGGAGUAAGGAAGUUUCAUCACCUUGUAGAGUCCCAUUUUACAGUAGAAAAUGGACUCAACCGCCCGAAUGCCUGGCCGUCCAGUCAUUAUUCAGCUGUUCAUUACACAGACAAAAACAAGGGGGGUUGUGUGUAACUGCCAAAAUAAAGGAAACCCACAACAUAAAGUGUCUUAACAGGGCGUUGGGCCACCACGAGCCGGAACAGCUUCAAUGCACCUUGGCAUAGAUUCUACAAGAGUGGAACUCUUAUUUUCUUCCACAAGAAAUUCCAUCAUUUGGUGUUUUGUUGACGCUGGUGGAAAAACACUGUCUCAGUCGCCAACCCCAGAAUCUCCCAUUAGUGUUCAAUUGGGUUGAGCUCUGGUGACUGAGACGGCCCAUGGCAUAUGGUUUACAUAGUUUUCAUGCUCAUCAAACCAUUCAGUGACCACUCGUGCCCUGUGGAUGGGGGCAUUGUCAUCCUAUGGGGGCAUAGCCAUGGUGGCCAAAAUAAUGGCCUGCCCACACGAAAACACACAGAUUCUUCAAAAAUAAUAUGCAUUGUGCAACACACACCAUUAGUACACACCCACCCAAGGCCCUUAUAGACCAGUCCAGACAGUAAAGACAGUGUUUGUGUGUCGGUGUUGCAAUGACACAUUCCUUAAAAGUUAUCCUAAUCCUGAUUUUAAUCCAGUUGGUUCAAUGCUGUGUUUUAACGGCUGGCACCGGCCCGGACAGACAAGUCAGACUUAAGCCAGACCAAAGUAUUUGACUCCUGUUGGAAACACCAUAUUUCACUCUCUCAGGGCUGGUUAGGGUUGAAUAAUAUGAUUUUAUUUAACCCUCCUCCUCCCUCCCUCCCUGUCUCUUCGCCCCCGCCUCGCAGAGCUGCUGUCCCAGUUGUCAGGGGUGCGUAGGUCGGCGGGCGGCCAGCUGAGUUCGGGUCCUUCAGCCUCCCGGCUACAGCAGCUCCAGGUAGGUAGUCCAGAGGAGGGUCAGCAACCAGAGGGUCGACAGUUCGAAUCCCAGCUCCGACGAAGAAUCCCAGUAGCCUAGAAUCUAAGAUGCCAUUUUGCCCUUGAGUGAAGCGCUCAACCCUUCAUCAUUGUCUUCUACGACUUCUUCCUCUCCUUCUUCCUCUCCUCCUUCGUCAUCUUCAUCCUCAUCCUCCUCUGUGUUCUUCCUCCUCCUCCUCUGUGUUCCUCCUCCUCCUCCUCUGUGUUCUUCCUCCUCCUCCUCUGUGUUCUUCCUCCUCCUCCUCUGUGUUCUUCCUCCUCCUCCUCUGUGUUCUUCCUCCUCCUCCUCUGUGUUCUCCUCCUCCUCCUCUGUGUUCUUCCUCCUCCUCCUGUGUUCUUCCUCCUCCUCCUCUGUGUUCUUCCUCCUCCUCCUCUGUGUUCUUCCUCCUCCUCCUCUGUGUUCUUCCUCCUCCUCCUCUGUGUUCUUCCUCCUCCUCCUCUGUGUUCUUCCUCCUCCUCCUCUGUGUUCUUCCUCCUCCUCCUCUGUGUUCUUCCUCCUCUGUGUUCUUCCUCCUCCUCUGUGUUCUUCCUCCUCCUCCUCUGUGUUCUUCCUCCUCCUCCUCUGUGUUCUUCCUCCUCCUCUGUGUUCUUCCUCCUCCUCUGUGUUCUUCCUCCUCCUCUGUGUUCUUCCUCUUCCUCUGGAUGCAGCUCCAGCUGGAUCGGCAGCAGACCCAGGCUGCCAGACAGCAGUUGGAGAUGUCCCGGAGCACCUCGCAACGCGGCAGCCGCACCUCCACCCAGGCAGGGCUGAACGCCAACCCCAACCCUGGGCAUCACAACGCCAACCCUGGCUCCAACUCCUUCAACAACCCUAGUCCCAACCCGGUGCAGCACGUGUCCAACACACACACACAGAACAGCAACUCCCAGUUCCUUCUCAACAGGUUGGCAGCUGUCUGCUACACACACACAGAACAGCAACUCCCAGUUCCUUCUCAACAGGUUGGCAGCUGUCUGCUACACACACACAGAACAGCAACUCCCAGUUCCUUCUCAACAGGUUGGCAGCUGUCUGCUACACACACACAGAACAGCAACUCCCAGUUCCUUCUCAACAGGUUGGCAGCUGUCUGCUACACACACACACAGAACAGCAACUCCCAGUUCCUUCUCAACAGGUUGGCAGCUGUCUGCUACACACACACAGAACAGCAACUCCCAGUUCCUUCUCAACAGGUUGGCAGCUGUCUGCUACACACACACAGAACAGCAACUCCCAGUUCCUUCUCAACAGGUUGGCAGCUGUCUGCUACACUUCAUUUAACCUUCAUUUAUUCUGGUUGUUCUCAUUGAGAUCAAAUCUCUUGAGCGAGAGACUUGUUCUUAGGCUUCUGUCUGUCUGCUACUCUCCCCUCCCUCACUCACUCUCCCCUUUCUCCCUCUCCCCCCCUCCCUCCCUCCCUCUCCCCUCCCUCCCUCCCUCCCCCUCUCCCCUCCCUCCCUCCCCCUCCCCCCUCCCCCCUCCCCCUCCCCCCUCCCCCAGACUGAGCGAGGAGAGGUUGUCGGAGGCGGAGCUCCAGCUGAGAGAGGGCCAGUGGGCGGACCGCUCCCUCUUCGUCACGGAGCUCCUCCUCUCCACCCUGAUAGCCAAUUCCGACAACAGCGAAGACGACGAUCUCCAUGACUGCCACGACGCCGUGACGCGAGGCUCGGACGCCUUCGCUGCCUUUGGAGACAUGGGCUGCGUGGAGGUCAUGACCUUAGACGUGGCGGUGGAAAACCUCAACCUCCGAGAACAGAAGAAUGCGCAGCAGCCCCUGGCUUUUCCGCCACUU